AUGACGAGCUAUAGCAACGACAGCUCUACGCCGCCGGCUACCAGCCCAGUGGAUCAUGAGAAAGUAGUAGGACAACAGCUUGAACACAUUCCGACUCAUGACAAAGUCCCUGGACAUACGAAUUACUACGAAAGGGAUGGGCUGAGAACAGAUGGAGACAACCAAGAUCACGAGCAUGAAGCUCCCAUGACCACGAAGCGAGCAAUGGCUCUUGUAGCCAUGGCCUUUCUAUGGACUGGCUCUCAAAUUCCCGUAUACCUUUUCGGCGGCGUGCCGCCUUACAUUUACCGCGACAUCGGAGGAGCCGAUCGAUGGAUUUGGCUGGUCCUUGCCAAUUUGCUUGCCCUUGCAGCUGUAUGCCCAUUCGUAGGAAGUUUGUCCGAUCUCAUUGGACGACGAUAUGUGGCAAUCACUGGUGCAUGCUUCCUUGUGCUGGGCAUGAUUAUCUGCUCAACGGCUCACACGAUGAACAUCUUCAUCUGCGGAAUGACGUUUGCGGGAGUUGGAGCUGGCAUUAAUGAAUUAACUGCUCUUGCGGCGACGUCUGAAAUGGCGCCCACAGCAAAGAGAGGUAAAUACGUGGCGAUCUUGGUCUUCACGAUUGUUCCAUUCUGUCCUUCGGUGCUCUGGGCACAACUGAUUGCAUUCCAUUCAACUUGGAGAUAUUGUGGACUCUUCGCUGGACUCUGGGCAUUUGUUGGAUUAGUCCUUACAGUCAUCUUCUACAACCCUCCGCCCCGAGUCAACUCUCAGGGCUUGACACGAAAGGAGAUUUUGAGCCAGAUUGAUUACGUGGGAGGAUUGCUGAGUAUUUCAGGGAUGUUAUUGUUCAUGAUGGGAAUGCAGUGGGGGGGAUAUCAGUAUAAGUGGCACUCCGCCCAUGUGCUUGCUUCCCUCAUUCUCGGCAUUGUUCUCAUGAUCGCAUUCGUCUUCUGGGAAGCCUACGGUGCAAAAUACCCAAUGUUCCCAAGACGGAUCGUCCAAGUUGGAAGCAUCAUGUCCUUGACACUCGUCAUAACCUUCAUCUCAGGCGCGAACUUCUUCUCGAUCCUCAUGUUCUGGCCAACGCAAGCCUUCAAUGUAUACGGCCACGAUCCCAUCGGUGUAGGCAUCCGCGGUAUUCCCGUCGGCUUCGGGAUCUUGGCCGGCGCAUUCAUCGCACUCUGGGCACUCUCCGCGUUCCGCGGCCACAACAAGGCAAUCCUAAUCGUAGCUUCUAUCCUCAUGACCGCAGGCUGCGGCGCGCUUUCUAUUGCCCGCGUCGACAACUUGCACCAACUCUGGGGCAUCCUAAUCGUCGCCUCCCUCGGUAUCGGCGGCAUCGUAGUGCCCGCCUCCAUCAUGACGACCAUUGUGUGCCCGGACGACCUAAUCGCGACCGUUACCGCGUUAACCCUCAGCAUCCGCGUGAUCGGUGGCUCCAUUGGCUAUUGCGCCUAUUACAAUAUCUUCAUCAAUAAAUUCGUCCCCGCAGCCACAUACUACAUCGGCGGGACCCUCGUCAAAGCAGGCAUCAAAGACCCGCACAUCAUCGAAGGCGCCAUCAAACUGACUGGCGCAUCCCUGCUAGAGGAAAUCAAGAUGUUGCCUGGGGUCAAGGGGAAUGAGAUGUUGUAUCUUGCGGUGGUGAAAGCCGGACAGAUUGCGUAUACGGAGGCAUAUAAGUGGGUGUAUUAUGCGAGUAUUGCAUUUGGCGGCGUGAGCAUCAUCGCAGCUGUGUUUUUGGGGGAUAUUUCCAAGUAUAUGGACGACCAUAUUGCUGUGGUUAUGUGAUACUAAGCUGGGCAAGGCUGGGUUUAUGAGCGGGGAGGGAUGGGUGUUGGAAUUGGAAUUGGGAGUUUUACGGCUGGAAAGGCGAGGCUAUGGGCUUCUGGUACCGGUGCUAGUACCCCUAUAACAAUGAGGAGGAAUGGGUGAGUAACUUUCUAUACAUGUCCCCAUAAAGUACGGUAUUCUAUCUCAGUGGACACCGAGCAGCGAGGACCGAAGUCCUCUACUGAAGGACAUACAUACACGGAUCUCUAAGUGACACAAUUAGUCUCACUGAGCUGGGAGUAUCAACACCAUCGUUUUACGAUAUAGCAGUACUUUCUGUGACUGCUCAAAUGAAU